GUUAAUUGGUUCCACAAGCUUUGGAACAUUGUGAUUUAUUUAUCUAAUUCAUAUUUGAUAACACCAAAUCUCAAGAUGUUUAAGCCUAGUGCAACUUCUGCCACUGUUUUCCGAAAAGUCGAAACAAGAGAAAAUUGGCCCUUCCGUUACUCUUGAUCUUCAAAAUGAGCGCAGUAGAUUUGUCUUUAUAUAUUAUCAAACUGUGCAGAGAGUACAUUUUUUGUGUCGCCAAUUUAUGCAUUCAAUUCAACCAUCGUUUUGUAUGAAAAGGGGUCCCUGGUAUGACAUGUCGUUCAAGAGAAAACCCAAGUUCAAAGAUUUAUGAUUAUCAACGACUAGUCGUCUAGUUAAUUGUCCAAUGGCUUGAUGUUCGAAGUGAAAGUCGUUUUCCACACGUCCAAUUGACGUAGCUUUUCCGGUUAAAACUCAGCGUUUUGACUUCUUAGGAUUCAGCAAAAGUUGUGUUUUGCCUCCGAUGCGACAGAAGAACGGCGAUUAUCAAUUGGCAAGCUGCGUCACACAGGAUAGUUUCGUGAGAGAUUCGAAGUGAUGGAAGGAGGAGGAGAGCAAGUGGAAUCAAAUGGAGAGAAAGUGGAGGAGGUGAAGGAAGGAGUGGCAUCAAUAGCAUUAUUGCCAUGUGGGUCCAUCUCUGGCCACUUCAUCCAGCUUCCCCAAUCCAUUUGCUAUGGUCUUCAUGGCACUGAGUUGGCUUGUGAAAGAGAGUGCAGCAGGGGCGAGGAUUAUCGCUUGAUCAAGCUUACAAUCAUUGACUACAAUCGUGGGAAAGAAAAAGCUGUUAUUGUUGAGUGUAGAGGUCACGAUGCUGCUCGCUUCCAUAACAUUGAUCAUGCUCAUGGCUGGGAAGAGGACAUUGUAGCUAUGGCAGAAGAAAAGCAUGGGAAGCAAAAGAUUUUUGUUUCAUUCGAGUGUGAGACACUGAAAGCUGAGAAAGCUGCAGAAGAGCAUAUCAGGAAGUUCAUGCCAAAAUUAGCUGGGCUAGAUGCUGUUGUCAAUAUUGGGCAAAUGAAGAUAUCAGGGUUGGACUUCGAAGCCGAUGACAAGCAAUGAAACAGUCAAUAUAUGCAUGUGACUGUUACUAUAUUACUUUUCUAGAGUAGGGUUUUUUCUUUUUUUUUUAAAAAAAAAUAUUGGGUAAUGAAAUAUGCAAUGCA